AUGGCCCUCCCGGUGGAGGAGGUAAAGGAGGACGAGGACCCUAUCACAAACGUGGUAGGGUCAGACAUGCCAGUACGGGUUGCGCUACCUUUUGUGCGCACAGUCCAAAGGAACGCCACCACUAUUUGGCAAACGCCCGCAUCUGUGCCUCCCACAGCCCGUGGCGUCGAAAGAAAGUACUCAGUCCCUCCCACGGGUUAUGAGUACUUGUAUGUGCAUCCGGCACCGGACUCCCUAGUUGUACAGUCCGUCAAUGAUAGAGAGCGAAACGGCCAGCCGGCCCCUGCUCCAAAGUCAAAGGACGCACGACGGAUGGACCUACUCGGCCGAAAGGUCUAUUCUGCGGGGGGUCUGCAGAUGAGGAUUGGCAACCAGCUGGUCCUCCUGGCCAGAUACGUGUUUGACAUACUCACGUCUCUGGACAAGUUCUCGGACCUUCUGCCGUCGACAUCCCACCAGGACUUCACCACGAUGUUGGAAGAAGGGAGGCGAUCCUCUCGGUCCUCCAUUACAGCCGCCCUUGACGUGGCGGACUCAGGGGCACGCACUUUAGCAUCGGGGGUCACGAUGCGGCGCAUCGCCUGGCUCCAAUCUUCUACCCUGCCUCCGGAAGUACAGUAUACUCUCCAGGAUUUGCCCUUUGACACCAAGGGAUUAUUCUCGGAGAAGACGGACUCGUGGAUCCAGUCUCUAAAGGAUGGCCGGGUGGCGAUACGUACACUCGGGCCGGAGAGCAGCAGCCAACUCACUGGGGAAUCAGAACUGAGGAUCAUCCUCGUCGGUAAGACUGGAGGUGGGAAAAGUGCAACAGGAAACACCAUCCUUGGGCGGGAGGAGUUUAAGUCCGUACUGGCGGCAACGCCCAUUACUCAGACAUGUAGUGAAGGCAGCAGGACCUGGAAUGGAAGGAAGGUUGUGGUUAUCGACACGCCUGCUAUUUUUGACACCGAGGACUGUGAUGAACAAACAACCCAUGAGAUCUGUCGCUGUGUCAAGCUCUCCUCUGUAGACCCCUACGCUCUGGUGCUGGUGAUUCACCUGGGCCGUUUCACUGAGGAAGACCGGCACGCCGUGAGGAGAGUACAAGAGAUUUUUGGCUCUGAGGCCAUGAAGUACACAGUCAUCUUAUUCACCCACAAAGAAGACUUUCAGAGUGGAGCCCUGGAGCAGUAUAUCUUCCACGCAGAUAACAAACAGCUUCUGCAGCUGAUCCAACAGUAUCAGGGCCGAUACUGCGCUUUCAACAAUAAAGUUACAUGGGCGGAACGGGCUGCCCAGGCUGACGAGCUGAUGACUAAGAUUGCUCGUAUGGUGGAGGAGAAGCAUAAAUAUCAGAUGUGUAAAUCCCCUGAGAAGCUUCUAAAAAAAGAUGAGACAGAUAAAAGUAAAGAUAAGAUGGAUGAAGUGGAAGAUGGAAUGGAAAUGGGUAUGCAGGAAACAGCUCAAGAGGAAGAGCACUCAUCCGGGGAACCAGGGCCGGGGAGCGGCAGCCGACUCACUGGGGAAUCAGACCUGAGGAUCAUCCUCGUCGGUAAGAGUGGAGGUGGGAAAAGUGCGACAGGAAACACCAUCCUUGGGCAGGAGAAGUUUAAGUCUGUACUGAAGGCAACAUCUGUUACUAAGACGUGCAGUGAAGGCUGCAGGGACUGGAAUGGAAGGAAGUUUGUGGUUAUCAACACACCUGCUAUUUUUGACACCAAGGACUCUGAUGAACAAACCAUCCAUGAGAUCUGUCGCUGCGUCGCGCUCUCCUCCCCAGGCCCCCACGCUCUGGUGCUGGUGACCCAGCUGGGCCGUUUCACUGAGGAAGACCAGCGCGCCGUGAGGAGAGUACAAGAGAUUUUUGGCCCCAAAGCCUUGAAUUACACGAUCAUCUUAUUCACCCACAGAGAGGACUUAAGGAGUGGAACCCUGGAGGAGUAUAUCUCCCACUCAGAUAACAAACAGCUUCUGCAGCUGAUCGAACAGUGUCAGGGCCGAUACUGCGCUUUCAACAAUAAAGCUACAUGGGCGGAACGGGCUGCCCAGGCUGACGAGCUGAUGACUAAGAUUGCUGAUAUGGUGGAGAGGAAUAAUGACCAACCGUUCUACACCAAUGAGGUAUAUGAAAAGGCUGAGAAGCUUCCAAAGGUAAAAGCCAUGUUUUGUGAGAAAGAUGAAAGAGCACAUUGGUGUGCAAAAGAGGAGGCUGAGCUGAGAGAAUUGAUAAAAACACAGAAACCCUAUGAGAAAAAACCAAAAAAGUCUAAUUCCUGGGGUUUGUCUUUCUCAAUGCCAAAAUAUCAGUGGUUAUAGAAUGAUGGUAACUGAGCUACAUCUAUUUUCUGGUUCUCCUGUGGUUUUACCAGGCUUUGUAGAGGCUCAGGAAUUAGAGAUAGAGGGAAAAGAACUUUUCACUCUUCUUAAGUAACAUUUUCAAAGCGCCUCAGAGUGUGUCUAUAUGGCAUUUUGGAGUGCACGGGAGCACGUCUCUCAGCCCAGGUUGAUAAAAGCCCAACCAAACCCUCAGGCUCCAGGACCUGAGCUUCAGCUCGAGCUGAAGCUUCCCAGAGCUGUCUCUAAAGCUGUUUCUAGAGCACUAGUGUGAGACCUGCUAGUCCAGGCUGGGAUGGUUGCUCCAACAUGCUGUGCAGACGUACUCCACGUGACUUCAGAGCCUAUGUCCCAUCUUCUCCAGGUCUUGGGGGACUGAAACUUUGGAGGAUUGUUCCCGACAGUAUCUACUCCAAUGUUCCAUUCCAUUCAGUCUUAAACAAAUCACUACUGGAAAUCAUCUGUUUGUUGAUUAAAGCCCUUGGCCAUCUGUUAAGAAAAUGUCCUGCUAUCAUAAUUGUUCUUUUCUUCAAUUUCACCUAGUUAUAACUAUGUAUAAACCUUUGGCCCAUCCUAAACAAUUCAGGUCUUCCAAACGCCCAAUCCGUUUUACUGCUCGUCUCCAGCACCCCUAUAAUUCACCUUUUCUGGUAGUGAAAUGCCAAGAUCUGAAAGCAGCAUUCCAGGAGUGAUCGCUCCAAGGGUUCUAGCCAGCUCUGUCACUUUCCUGCUCUGGGACAUGAUGGCUCUGCAGCCCAAAGGCAGAUUGGCUUUGUCUGCUAACACCUCACAUGGCAAACUCAUGUCUAAUGUGUGUGUUUCCCUCACAUCCCAUAAUCUCUAAAAAGUCAUUAAAGGAAUUUCACUGUUCCAUAGCCCUACGAAUUCCUAAGUCCUGCAUCUCAACAGCUCCUGUGUCCUCACCCUAUAUUAGUGCAGUGUUUAUACCGAGAUCAAUAAGUCAACCCAUUAAUUAGCAUUUGUUCUUUACUAAUAUUAUGAACUGAGAAAUCUGUACCAAAGACACCUUAUUGUGAAAACAUGUCUUAGGAGACUGCUGCAGUAUAAACCUCUCAAAAUUAAACAAACACUCUUUAGAGAUGUCAGAAUUAUUUUAUAUUAAUGUUUUGAUUUAUGAUGAAAAUGAAAUUGAGCAGGUAAUCUAAGCUUCUGAUGUAUGAAAUAUUAGACAGUUGUAGUGAAAAAUAGAUGAAAUUACCAUUAAUUUGGUUGAGUGAGACUUUUUUUAUGUUAUUGAUACAUUGGUUGCCAAAGCUUGUAAAAGCCUGCAGAAGAUACAUAACCUUUAAAGUGAGAGAACCUAACAAGCAUUCUCUUUGUUCUUCUAAAAUAUUAAAGAAAUAAUCAUUUCAUGGUAACAAAUAUUAGAAUUGUACAUGCAAGACUAUGUCUGGAUUCUGCUUUCUCUAACUCUAAAUUGAUUUGUCUUUAAAAACUAUGCUUACA